UUCACAAUGCUAACUUUAAUUACUGUCGUCCUUCUCUUUUUUUCCUCUUCAGCUUCACUAUCAAAUUCAGCUCCUUAUACUCCUACUGACUACAUACUCUUGAACUGUGGUGCAUCAUCAAACACUACAUCUGAUGAUGGUCGGAACUGGGAUGGCGAUGCUGACUACAAAUAUUCCUCCUCUAGCUCUAAAUCCUCUUCCUUUACAUCCAAAGCCUCCUAUCAAGAACCCUCUGUCACCGAAGUGCCUUACAUGACAGCUCGUAUUUUUCAUGGCAAAUUCACAUAUAAAUUCCCCGUUUCAUCCGGCCCCAAGUUUCUUCGUCUCUACUUCUAUCCAAAUGAAUAUCCUGACCUUGAUAUAACCACUUCCUUCUUCUCCGUCACUGCUAAUAAUUAUACUCUCUUGGACAAUUUCAGUGCCUACUUAGUUGCUUUUAGUCCACCACAGGCCUUCAUUAUCAAAGAAUUUGUCAUCACUGUUAGUAACAACCAGAUGCUAAAUGUCACCUUCACCCCCUCACCAAAUUCUUUUGCUUUUGUCAAUGGCAUAGAGGUCGUUUCCAUGCCUUCCAAUCUCUAUACAGGCCAGACAUAUGGCUUUCUUCGUUUAGUAGACACCAAAUACUUUUUCGAGCUUGAUAAUACCACUGCUCUAGAAACCGCUUAUCGGCUUAAUGUUGGUGGAAAAGAUGUUCUAAAUAUCGAAGAUUCAGGAAUGUUCCGAACAUGGUACCAAGAUGGUGACUAUAUCUUUGGAGCAGCAUUUGGUGUUACGUCUCAUAAUCAGCCCAAUGCUACAAUCAAAUACCCCCAGGCCACACCGGCUUAUACGGCACCGGAAGUUGUAUACAAAACCUCUCGUACAAUGGGGCCAACUGCAAGUAUUAACUUGAAUUACAAUCUUUCCUGGUUGUUCACUGUUGACUCGGGGUUUUACUACCUCGUCAGGCUUCAUUUUUGCGAGAAUGAUCUACAAUAUGUGAAUCAGCGUGUAUUCAACAUAUUCAUUAAUAAUCAUACAGCUGAGGAAGCCAUGGAUGUGAUUGCCCUGAGUAACGGUAAUGGCAUUCCAAUUUACAAAGACUAUGUUGUGUUGGUAUCACAAAGUGACAAAGAUUUAUGGGUCGCUCUCCAUCCACAAACCAGUGAUAAGCCAGAGUUUUAUGAUGCCAUUUUGAAUGGUUUAGAGAUUUUCAAGUUGAACAAACCGGAUGGUAGUCUUGCCGUACCAAACCCUCAAGCAGAGCCAGUUCGCACGUCGCCAAUGCUUCAGCAAAAGCACUCAAAGAAGAAGAGAAAAUUUUUGACACAGACGAAGGUCAUCAUCGGAGCUACACUAGGGAGUAUAGUAUCACUCAUCCUUAUAUUUUCCUUUAUUUUCUGUCAAAGGAAACAUCUUUUGUUAAAAACAGAAUCCUUAAACAGAGGAAAAGUUUCACCCUUUUUAGAAGGUAUACGAUGCAAGAAAUUUUCACUUGCCGACAUCCUCACUGCAACAAAUAACUUCGAUGAUACUCUCAUUGUAGGACGCGGUGGGUUUGGCAACGUAUACAAGGGUCACAUUUUUCAGGGUACACAAUACGAGGUUGCAGUGGCUAUUAAGAGACUUAAUUCAAAGUCCCAUCAAGGUGAAAAUGAGUUUUGGGCAGAGAUUGAGAUGCUCUCUCAGCUUCGCUACGUUAAUCUUGUGUCUCUUAUAGGAUAUUGUAAUGAAAACCAUGAGAUGAUACUUGUUUAUGAUUAUAUGGUCAAUGGAACCCUUCGUGACCACCUCUAUAACAACGACAAUAUCCCUCUCCAAUGGAAGCAAAGGUUGCGAAUCUGUAUUGGUGGUGCUCGUGGAUUAGACUACCUUCAUUCUGGUGCAGUUCAUAGAAUUAUUCACCGUGAUGUGAAAACUACCAAUAUUUUGUUGGAUGAGACAUGGCAGGCCAAAGUAUCGGAUUUCGGAUUGUCUAAAAUGGGUCCGGUUGUCAUGACCAAUGUUCCAAUCACAACAAUGGUGAAGGGUACUUUCGGAUAUAUGGAUCCAGAGUAUUUUCGAAGGUUACAAUUAACAGAAAAGUCCGAUGUGUACUCAUUUGGGGUGGUGCUAUUCGAAGUAUUGUGCGCUAGACCCGCAGUUGAUAUAAGUUUGGAGGAUGAUCAAAUAGGUUUAGCAGGUUGGGCUCUCAAAUGUAUAGAGAAUGAAACCAUUGAGCAAAUCAUUGACCCUUACUUGAAAGGCAAAAUUGCACCAGAGUGUCUAAGAGUAUUUGCUGAGAUUGCAAAAACCUGCCUACAUGAAGUGGGAGUUGAACGGCCAAAAAUGAGUGAUGUGGUGGGAAUGCUUGAGUUUGCACUGGAGUUGCAAGAAACUGCAGAAGCAAAACAGACAGCCGAGGUUGGUGAUGCAAUUCAGUCCCAAACCAUUGAUAAAGUGGUGUAGUUUUUUGUUUUCUCUCACUUUUCUCUGUCCUUUUUUCCCAUUGUUUUCCGUCUUCUCUACUUUGUUUUGUAGCAUUUACUUCUAUUUCUAAAGCUAGCAGCUGAGUUUUGCAGCAUCAGCAAUCAAAGCCAAAUCAGUUACCAUGCUAGCAUGUUUUGAUGUUGUUGCUGAUGAGAAAUGUUGGAUUGUGAGAUCGUGGAAAUAGACCGGUAAAAGAUUCAACAAGUCUACAUAGUUACUUUUUAGUUCCAAAUCCUACAAUUUUGUGGAUCUGUAAACAAGUGAAUUUCAUUAAGAAAUUAAAUUUAAUUAAUAGAUCAAUUGUUCUUAAGUCAUUAGCUUUCA